CGUCAGCCUCUCGCUUCCUGUUCCAAAAAUCAACGUCAGGGUUCAGUUCUAAGUUGCCGGUAUAUGAUUGUAGGAUGUGGUAUAAAUAUGCUUGGAUUAAUGUUUUCCCCCCCAUAACGUUAAACAUGUGUUGUUAAAAGUUUUUACAAUCGUGUGAUUUGCCAUACAGUGACAGCUGAAUACCAAUCAUGGGAUUCGACUCUGAAUGUGGAGAAGUGCCAUUUGAAGACUUUGACCCAGAAGAAAUAGGAAAGAUCGAACAGGAACAUUCAGAUAGGAUGUCAAAAAUGCAAGUACGGCAGGAUGUAGAUGAUGAUGUGCCAGUGGUAGUACUGAGUGAUUCGGAUGAUAAUGUGAAUCAAGUCCUGGAUGAUGGAACUUCAAAGACUCAUGCCUGCCCAUAUGAAGACUGUAAGAAGGUUUUCAGGAGGUCCUGGUGGCUGGCUAGGCACAUACAAGUUCAUAGAGGCAUGCGUCCCUUCAAAUGUGAAGUUCCUGGGUGUGAGAAGUCAUACUGCCAUUCAAACCAUCUUGCACGUCAUGUAAAAAUGAAGCACUAUUCAACACCGAUGUACACGCAAUUUUACAAAUGUCCUCACCCAGGGUGCUUCAAGGAACUGAGUAAUGAGUGUAAUUUGAAGCGGCAUUACCAACGUAAACAUAAACAGAAAUAUCCAUUCAUUUGCUAUUGCUGUGAUAAAGGCUUCUUGAAACAUAACCAGUUGCAGGCACAUCUAUAUCAACAUACCGGUGUUGCACCAUUCAAGUGUACAACUUGUGAUACAGGUUUUACUUCACAAUCUAUUCUUAAACGUCAUCAGAAGAGACACAAGACUUACACUUGUGAGUGUGGACAAGAGUUCAAAUAUUGGACGCUGUUACAAGCACACAUCAAGCUGACACAUCCUGCAGAGUAUAUCUGUGAUAUUUGCAAGAAAAGUUUCAAACAAAAAUCUAGGCUGCAAGUACACAUGCCAAUCCAUCAGGACAUCUCUGAAAGAGAGAUAAUGCCUUGUCCCUAUGACAACUGUCCACGGUUCUACUACCAGAAACAGAAUCUCAGUCACCACAUAAAGUCCAGCCACGAGGGAAAGAUGUACGAAUGCACCUUCCCAGAAUGUGGCAGGAAACUUUGUACGCUGCAGAAACUGAAACACCACAUGAAGUUGCACGAUGGAAAGCGACCUCGGCCUCGGAAGGCUCAUAAGUCGCGCAAGAGACGACGUGAUGCUGGAAAGGUCAAACGAAGCAUGGCAGUUUUAUUAUCUGGUGUAGUUAUUUCACAUAAAGAAGAAAAAGAAUUAUUGAACAAUAAUUCAGACGAUGUAGUAAUGGUAAAUGAGAACAAUAGACUAAUAAGAAGUUGCAGUACUCUUGAGGAAGCCCCAUGUCAUCAGUCUCGGGAAUGUGAAGAGAAUGUGAUCCAGAAGAAUCUUGAAUUUCAUGCUGCAUCAUUACCUAAUGUACAGAAAGAUGGUGAUGUUACAAAAAAAGUGCUGCAGAAUCCAGAAGCAGAUUUCCGUCUUCAGGAACAUUAUAAUGGGAUUGAUUCAACUGUUUUUCAAAUGGAUGUAAAGAAAUGUGUAUACCUCAUGAUAGCAGUAAUGGAAGAAGUGCUUCCCACGAUUAAGACUUCUUGCUUGCAACCAUUGCAUGACAGUGGACCUCAGGAUAAAUAG